AUGAAGAAAAUGACUUGGCAAAGAAUUAAAAAAGUUGGGGAGCUCAUCCCAUAUAAUAUUGUCCCUUUGGAAGCACCAUCAUUAAACAAUUCUACUGAAGUUUUCCCUGAAGUUAGAGGUGCCAUAUCUGCCAUUAAAUAUACUGAGCAUUUCCCCAGACUUCCUGCUGAUUUUGAGAUUUCUGGAGUAUGUGAUGCAGACAUGCUUGAUCUUCUGGAAUAUGUGUUUGGCUUUCAGCUAGCUUUUGAGAAAUUUUUUGUCCAGAAAACCAACGGACUAUUGGGCUUAUUGGCAAAAGUGAGUGGAAUAUAAUUUUUAAUUAGUGCCAUAGAUGAUGUAUCUUGUAGUGGUUGACUAUUUUGGUUCAUAAUGCAAUAUUAAAUUGCCUUUGAAUUUGAUGCAUUUAAGUGUUUUUAUUGAGAGUGUCAUGGAUAUAUAUAGUUGAAUUUGAAUAUUUAAUCCAUGUAAAUGUUUUGGUUGAUAGUGUCAUGGAUAUAUAUAGUUGAAUUUGAAUAUUUGAUCCAUGUAAAUGUUUUAUUGUAAUUGGUAUUUAGAAAGGGGGAAAGAACGGGGAUAGUAAAGGUGUGACCAAAGGGCAAAGGUACAAAUCACGAAGUAAGGAAGUUAUAAGUUAUGUGUCUGAUCCAUAUUCUAUAGAAGCAUGCAUGGAUUUAUUGGAGGAGAUGGAAGGUGUUUCUGAUGCUGCGUACAACAAAUCACUUGAAAUAUUUGUGAAUCAAGAUUGGAGAAAGAUGUUUGUCUUGA